AUGCGUGUCCCUCUCAUUCUCUUGUCCGCUGCAGUGGCAGCGGCGCAAACAGCCAACUAUUCUGGGCCUCUGCGGCCUCAGGUUCACUUCUCCCCUCCUUCUCAGUUCAUGAACGACCCCAACGGACUCUUCUACGAUCACAAGAGAGAGGUUUAUCACCUGUACUACCAAUACAAUCCUUCCCAGAUUGUUGCAGGUAACCAGCACUGGGGCCACGCCACCAGCAAGGACUUGUACCACUGGACCCACCACCCCAUUGCCAUCUCCCCUAGUAAGCCGGACGAGUGGAUCUUUUCCGGCUCGGCUGUGGUAGACAGCAACAACACCUCGGGAUUCUUCCCUGACCAGGACGACGGUGUAGUGGCCAUCUACACGCUGGCCACUGCGACGCUGCAGACGCAGGACAUCGCCUACUCCCGUGACGGCGGGUACACUUUCACCAAGUAUGAGAACAACCCGGUCCUCAACAUUGGCUCCAGCCAGUUCCGUGACCCGCAGGUUGCAUGGCAUCCCGAGACGCAGAAAUGGGUCAUGACCGUUGCUUAUGCGGACGAUCGCGUCAUUGGGUUCUACACCUCGCCCAAUCUUAAGGAAUGGACGCAUGCCUCCAACUUCACCCAGUCUGGUUUGCCAGGAACGCAGUUUGAAUGCCCCAACCUCGUCAAGUUCUCAGUCGACGACGGCGCCGACUCGGAGGACCCCACCAAGUGGGUGCUGUUCAUCUCCGUCAACCCUGGAGCGCCACUCGGCGGUUCGGGAACCUACUAUGUCGUUGGAACGUUCAAUGGAUCUCACUUCACUUCGGAAACCUCCCGCGAGACCCUCUUUGACUUCGCCAAGGACAACUACGCCUCGCAGUGGUACUCGGGCAUCCCCGACGACGAGCCGCCGCUCUCCAUCGGCUGGGCCAGCAACUGGAACUACACCCAGCAGGUGCCCACCGGUCCGCUCGAAGGCUGGAGAGGCUCCAUGUCGCUGCCCAAAGUGCACACCCUGACCAAGGUCGACGACUCCUGGGUCGUCACCAACGAACCAUUCGACGACAUGGACUCCGUCCGCGGAAAGCAACUCAAGGGCAAGCGCUCGCGGAACGGCGAUGUGACCUUCGACUUCAAAAACGUCAAGUCCAACGCCGUCUCUUUCGAUGUCAAGAUCAACGGGAUCCCGUCCUCUGGCGCCACGGGCCAGGUGUACUUCAACUUCACAUCUUCAACCUCGGGCGAGUACGUCGAUGGCGGUCUCAGAUUGGACAACGGCUUCUUCUGGAUCAACCGUGCGGGCACGCAUCUCUUCACCCAGGCCAACAGCACCGGCUACUGGCCCGUCUUCAACACAACCGUCAAGUCCUUCGACCACGACAAAUUCACCUUCUCCGGUGUCAUUGACCGCUCGCUGCUCGAGGUCUCCCUCGCUGAGGGCAUCCAAACCGGAACGAUGAGUUUCUACCCAACCCAUCCGCUGGAUACCCUGACCGUCUCUGGCAGCGAUCUGAACAAGAAGACUUCAUUCCGCGUUAAGGCCUGGGGAUUGGAGAGCGGCUGGUAG